GACGGAAAGAAAGAACCAAUAUUUUCUGCUGUGAAAGGCAAAGCUUCAGCUUCAUCCUCCUCCUUUCCUUCCUCAUUCUCUCUUCCCUUCCCUUUGUCCCCAGUAAAGCACCUAAACACCAUUCACACGCACAGUACUGAGAAGGAAGGAAGAAAAGAAAGAGAAGAACAGAAAGAUGAAUUCUGAUGCAGAAGAGCAUUCCUCUAUACCAAAACUACCCUUGUUGCUCUCUGUCCCGUCAAUGCCGUCACCGGAGCACUCCGGCGCCGCCACGCCUCCUCUUCAUACUUCAGCUUCAGUCCCAUUUCGCUGGGAAGAAGAGCCAGGAAAGCCCAGGCCUUGUACUGCUCUUGUCCCCUUCAACAACAACCCCACUAGUGAUCUUCCUCCAAAGUCCUUGGAUUUGCCUCCAAGACUGCUUUUUGAAGCCAAGCUUACCAAGUUACUCUCACCCACUUCCGUCUUGGAGGGCUCUUCUGCGAGCAGCGAGAGCUUUCGGUCUCCUCCUUCUUUUAGAGUGGGUGGCUCUUUCAGUGAUGAGAAAGGUAGGCUUGGAGCUCUGGUUCUGAACAGAGGAGGACUCAGAGAGAAAGGAGGAGGGUGGUUUGGGUCUUGGAGGAAGAAGGGUUUGAGAGUCAGAAGAGAAGUGAGUUGGGGUAGUUAUGUCUUUCCAUCCUCUGCUGAUAAUAGGGACUGUGAUGAUAGUGAUAUUAUUGGUGGAGGAAGUCACAAGAUGAAGCGAUCUGGCAGCUUUUCUAGCGUUUGCCAAGCCAAGUCUUGCGUCUGGACAACAAUCACAGGGAGCUUGAAGCAGGUGGUUCCAUGGCGGAUCAAGAAACAGAAGAAAGGUGGUGGGUAUGGGCUUAAGCAGUAGAUAUUUAUCUCUGUUACUUAUGAUGAAGUCAAAAUAAUUUUCUGUAAUGCUGUGUCAAAAGUUAUCAGCUGCAUCAUCUGUACAAUGUUAUCUUUUAAUGGAAGAGGAUGACAGUUAUUGAAAAUGGCAGGCAGGACCAGUUUCUUCCACAGUUACAAAAACACAAUGCUUCAGGACUUAGGAUUCGAUUUUUAUUACUGUGGAAGCCGUGGAUCUGCCCAUGUGAGCUAAGUUGGACAGGUUUUUCAACCGAUGCCAUCUCUGUUAUUUUGGCUCGCACAUCAAAGAGCAAACACAAACCCGAAAUAUCCUCUUACGCAAUCAUGGUGUGAAUCAAUAAUUCUUUACGAUUAGUUUAUUCCA